AUGGUAUCUGGCUCCAGAGUCGACGGCGGCGCUCUCUUGUUCACACGAUGGGUUGGAGAAGGAAUGGUUACAAUAGCAGUGCAGGCAUGGGAAGAAGCAGGUUGGGACGAACUUCUUCCGGAGCUCCUUGAUUUGAUCCAAUCGAAGCUGUCGAACGACGACGAUAAACGAGCGUUCAGCCUGGUGUGCCGGCCGUGGAACACUGUCCACCGUAACUCACGCUUCCGCCACUCGAUCUGCCUCGUGCAAAACCGUAGGAGCAAGUGGACGUGGGAGUUUCCCCACCACACGGGCUUCCUCGCCACGCGCCUCCAUACGCUGCUCCAAGCACGGUUGGCUGCUCGUCUCCCGCCACGACAACACCGCCUUCUUCCUCGACCUGUUCGGCGGCCGCAGGGUCGAGCUGCCGUCCGGGCCCACGCGACCGUUCGUGGUUACAGCUUUAUUUAG